AUAAAAUGUUGACUGUUGGUUACAUGACACAUAUGUGGCAGCCACGUAUACACCACGAUCAGCUGCCACAUCAACUCAUUAACACAUAAUAUUUUUAAAUUAUUUUUUUUAAUAUAAAAUAAUAAAAUUAAAAAUUCUAUUUUUUUAACCCCUACCGUCGGUCGCCGCAACCACCCAACCGAACCAAAACCAGAUUCAGUUCCCUUCCGACCCUAAAGCUCCAAAGCUGAAUCGCGUCGUCUUCCCCAAACUUCACCUCCUCCACCACGCUGUUCCACUGCGACGUCAGAACGUAGUUACCCCUGCCGACGACCGUGCCCCACUGCUUCAGAUGCACAAGCCAUUCCUUCUCCCUUGGCUCGACAAUUAGGCGCGCAUCCACCCCGCCUAGCCGGCAUCCGUGCCCCACCGCUUCCCCAGCUCCACCGCCUCCUCCGCCGUCAGGAACUCUUCCCCCACCGCCCCGCGCGGGAUCGACAACCGCGCUUGGCUAUGGUCCAGGUCGCUCCUCGACAGACGCUUCUGGAUCACAGACUCCAAUCGACAUCUUCUCCGGAUUUUCAGCACCAGCUCCGCAAAGGAUACUUGGUCCGGCGACUUGGACGAGGAGAGACAAAUAUCGAACGGCGAAUAAUCCAGCUCCGGCAACCACCACUUCAAUUCGGCCCUACAAAUCCAGGUGACGGCGUCAGAGGCGGCCAGGAGGAGGAUGUGUUGUUGGCGGCGGAGGUGAGGAUGAAGAUGGGUUUGGGUUUUGGGAUUUUUUCUGGAUUUGGGUUUGGGAGUUUGUAGUUCAAGAGGGCAGCGAGCAGAGGAGAGAAGACGAAGCAGCGGGAGGAGUUCCGGCGGCGAAGACUACGGAGGAGAGAUAGAAGAGUUAUUUAUUUUGUAUUUUUAUAUUUAAUUUUUUGUAUAUUGUAAUUUUAUUUUUGUUAGUUUAUUUAUUUUUUAUAAUAAAAUAAAUAAAUAAUAAUAUUCCAUGUCGGAUGCCACACCAGCGCUGACUAAAUUUUCAGUUAAAAA